AUGGAUCAAGUUGUUGACGCCUUAAAUGAAACUGUCCACGCAGCAGAAAAUGUUACCAAGACGCAGACGGCCGAACUAAACUUUGAGUCGGCUAUUGCAUCCCUUGCUCUUUUUCUUAUGGCCAUAAUACCAAUUUAUAUCGGAUCAAAACGUUCAGUGAAAGCUCUAAAAUCUUCUCUUGAAAGAGAGGUAGUCAGUCGUUCUUUAUCUCGUUAUUUUUUGCAGAACACGGAGACUUUGGAAAUUUUGUCUAAAGAAGAUGCAAUGAAGUUUCCCAUAUACGCCAGCAUCGCCUUGUUGGGUAUUUACUUAGUUUUUAAGGUAGAUUGGUAGUUAGUCUUGACGUUCCUAGUUAUUCGCUGCAAAAUAUAUCAACCUGCUCUUGGCCGGAUAUUUCUUCAUUCUCGGCGCUUCUACUACAUUCUUUCUCAUCAGGUAGCGGUAUUUUGUUAUCCAUAAACGUCCUAGACCCUUUAUUACUCGCCUCGUACCAUCCUGUUUUCCUAA